GCAGGGUAAACAGUCAUCUAGCAGGUGUUCCUUCCCCUAUAGUCUCUGUAUGCACAUUCAAAUCACCUAAGGGAAGAGGCAGGCUGGAGUCUGUCAGCUCUCUGCUGAUUUGCCUGGCAAAUCCUUCAGCAGCAGCAGCUGUCAUCUCCAGGAGUCACUCAGGAGCUGAAGUCACAGACAGGAUGCUUCUAUGGAGCGCCUCUCUUGCACACGACGCUUUCUAAAGUGCUCAAUUUUCAUCCUCAUAUCAGGUCUAAGUAUUUGCACUACGUUGAAGCUCACUGUACCGUCUCCAGUCAUCCAUGGCAUCAAAGGACAGCCGCUCAUCCUUCCCGUUUACUAUGAAGUCAACCAGUCUGCUUCCAGCGUCCAAAUCAUCUGGUUAAUGGAGCGGUCCCAGGCCCAGGCCAGGUAUCUGAUAACUUCCAUUAACCAGUCCGUGAUGCCAGAUUUAGAACUUCAGCACAAGCUUACACUGAAACCACCCAACGCUUCCCUGCUCAUUCAUUCACUGCAUCUAAAUGAUGAAGGGACUUAUAUUGUGAAGGUGAACCUCGAGGGGAAUACAACUGUGUCAGCCACUCAGAAGAUUGACGUCACAGUGGAUGUUCCAGUGUCGAAGCCAAUGGUGCAGACCGAGCCAUCGUACGGAGCCGUGGAACAGGUGGGAAAUAUCACCUUUAAAUGUUUCGCAAUGAAAGGAACGCGAGUGGUGUACGAGUGGCUUAAAAAUGGCGGACCCCUCCAGGACAGGUCCAGUUACGUCUUCUCUCCGAAUAACGCCACCUUCACCAUCGUUUCCGUCACAAAGGGUGACAUCGGCAACUACAGCUGCUUGGCCAGGAAUUUCGUCAGUGAAACGGAGAGCGAUGUCAUCACUCCAACCAUCUAUUAUGGACCUUACGGUCUGCGAGUGAUUUCCGAUAAAGGACUUAAAGUCGGAGAGGUCUUCACCAUUGACACUGGACAAUCUGUUCGGUUUGACUGCUCAGCCGACUCUAACCCACCCAACACCUGCGCCUGGAUCCAGCGGACCAACAACUCCACCGAAAUCAUCAACUACGGGCCCUACUUCAAACUCCUUUCCGACAAAGUCAGGCAAAAGUCUAUGGAUUACCUGUGCCGGGCCUACAACAACAUCACCGGCAGGGGAGAAGAGAUGCAGUUCACCGUCAUCAUUACACCCAUAGACCCUGAAAAGCUCUUGCAGGAUACGGGCUCAUUAUCGCCACUGGCUGCCAUUACAGGAGUGUCGUUAUUUAUUAUCCUGUCCAUAUGUCUGCUUUUCAUUUGGAAAAAAUAUCAACUUCACAGAGGAAUUCAGUGGAAGCUCCAGCCAAGAAGGCCUUCCACAGAGUAUAGAAGGACUCCAAUAUUUUCAGGACAUGAAGACGCUAUUAAUGAUUUUGGAAUAUACGAAUUUGUGUCCCUGCCCGAUGCUGUAGUCCCACACAGGGCCCCAGGACAAGCAGCAAGUGUCUUACAUCUCCAGGAUAUAAACUGCACCAUCUAUGAGGUCAUCCAACAUGUCCCAGAGCAAGCUCAGAAUGAUCCACAAUCGUGAAUGACAACAUGGAAGGCGUGGUGAACGUGGUGCAGUACCUUGUAUCGUUGUAAAGAGAGUGGCCAUAUUGGUGGAAUACCUCAGCCUGCUGCCAGUUACUGGCAAUGACUUUACAGAUAUGUCUCAUCGGGGACUGCGUCGACCUAUAA